GCACGUGCAUCGCCUUUGACCUCCGUCCAUAUCAAGCACUGCGAGACCAAACCCUCACCACAGGAUCCCUUCGAGCCGCAUCCGACAUGGACGACUUCCAGAGCGACACCGACAGCGACUACACGAGUUAUUGGAGAGACUGGUUCAUAUCCUCGAGAGGGAAUGAGUAUUUUUGCGAAAUUGACGAAGACUACUUGACCGAUCGUUUCAAUCUCACUGGGCUCAAUACAGAAGUACAAUAUUACCAGUACGCGCUUGACCUCGUAACCGAUGUUUUCGAUAUGGAGGUCGACGAUGACAUGCGAGAGCAAAUCGAGAAAAGCGCCAGACAUCUCUAUGGACUUGUCCACGCUCGGUACAUCGUCACAACCAGAGGACUGGCGAAAAUGAUGGAAAAGUUCAAGCAGGGCGUUUUCGGCAAGUGCCCGCGUGUGAUAUGCGAAUCUCAACACCUCCUUCCUAUGGGCCAGCACGACGUCCCGAACACAUCGAAUGUGAAGCUUUAUUGCGCCAAGUGCGAAGAUAUCUACAAUCCCAAAUCAUCACGGCACAACAGCAUAGAUGGUGCCUAUUUUGGCACAUCAUUUCACAACAUACUGUUCCAGGUCUACCCAGCACUCCAGCCGCAGAAGACUCAGCGCAGAUACGAACCCCGGAUAUAUGGAUUUCGAGUACAUGCCAGUGCUGCCUUGAUGAGAUGGCAAGAGGAACGCAGAGAAGAAAUGAAGGACCGCUUGCGCACACGACAGAUCGAAACCGGCUUCGAAGAUGAGGAUGAGGGGGAGGACGAACUCGACUCUGAAGAAGACGAAAUAGAUGAGGACCAGCAAGAUGGGAUCGAUGACAUGUUCGAGAUGCAGCCAGCACAAACCGUGCAGUAAGAGCCCCGAAGGAACGUCCUAUUCCAGUUUUGACAACGAUCAUGUUCCGGUCAAGCACUCCAGGCCUGGAUGUACAGCUGCCGACAACAGCCCUUGGGGAUGACAAGUAGAAGACUGUAGUGGCACUGGAGCACGCAACCACUUCUCUCCCAAGGUUGAGAAGAGAUUGACGAUCAAGAAGAUCAUCUCGCUGUCCAGGCGUAGUUUGAAACACGGAAUGCAUCGGCAUGCCUAUGGUUCCGGGCGGAAGACGAGUAAGCGAGUUCCCCCUACUGCCACAGCGCACCCCGGAGCCCUAUCGCAAGCCUGUGACGACAAAUUUAAGCCCCAUCAGGUCAUUUCGAAUAAAGCUUACAACCAAUGCGGCGCUGCGAAGGAUGCGCGCACACAGGUCUACAAUUUCAUUCACAUUUUAUUGUGGACUUGUUCAUGUAUUCUCUCAGGCCGUCUUACCUCGUAUAGAUUCGGCUCGUCGCUGCACCGUUUCAACGCCAAGACGUUCAUCCCUGUCUACCAGCAUCCUUAUGUAGAUCUCAACACCACCUCACCCGAAACACUUUCACCA